AUGAAGGUCUCAUCUGCUUUCGUCCUCACUCUCCUCACCGGCGCGCUGGCCGCGCCAUCCAUCGUUCCCGACCCCGACUUCGAGAAGCGCGACGUUGACGCCGCAGCUAGAGAGUUUCAUGACUCGGUAAUCGCGGAUGCUGUUAAAGCUAGAAAAGUCGAUACCACCGUCACCCUCGACCAGCGUGAUGAGGACGUCGAGAUGGUGGCACGAGCGCCCGGAAACGCCCAGGCCGCCAACAAGCAGGCGGCCAACAAGCAGGCCGCCAACAAGCAGGCGGCCAACAAGCAGGCCGCCAACAAGGCAGGACAGAAGGCCGGACAGAAGGCCGGACAGAAGGCAGGACAGAAGGCAGGACAGAAGGCAGGACAGAAGAAUAAUGGCGCCAACAACGCAAAGCAGGACGCCGCGAGCGAGUCGGCCGAGGCCGCCAAGCCAAGAGUGACGAGCUCCUUCGACGCCCCCGGUGUCGUCCUCUAG